AUACCAAAUGUAACAUAUCAUACUAAUUUCAGUGUCCCAGAUUGACAUUUACUAUGUUACGUCUAGUCUAUGAGACUAGUCUGAUAUAACAGAUUUAUUUUUCAAACUAAUGCUUUAGAUUCCUACAGUUGGGAGACAAAAGAGAGUGAAAAGGAGAUAAGAAUUAGUAACGAUGUUCCUCAGUGCCUUUCUUGUUAUGAUUGUAUAGUAAGUGUACCAGUGUCCUCACUAAUGUAUUUAUGUUGAAUUAAAUGACCGUUUUGAAGUUAUACAUCAGUAUUUAGACUUGAACAGAUAGGACGGUGCUUGAAUGAUCCUGACGCUGAUCACCGAAAUAGCACACACACUUGAACAAUUAUGACUCCAUUACAUUUUCUCCCUGUUUCUGAAUGUAAAUAAUAAUGUACUUAUUUUAAUCCUGUCAGUGUCUUUCCAAGGCAAUCAUGUUUGCAAAAAGAAAUCCUGACUCAUUUCUUACUUCUAUUCUAUUGAUUUAUUUAUUACAUUGAUUAUUGCUUGUGUUUUUCUCUGUUAGAGGAAUAUUAGAUUCCCUAUGUCAUGUAAUUUCUUGCCUAUUAUGCCAAAUAGCUGCAUUGUGUGGGCUGUCCCUUGACCAAAUUGUAGGUCAGUGAUGGAGAGAGAAGUUAACACAGUAAGGUUUUAUCGAGGGGUCAUGACAAUGUCUCUGCUUACUGAUGAAGACUGACCCAAAUGCCCCUCUCCUCAAAUGAAAUGUAUACCUCAGAACUGUCCUGUUAACCACCCAAUGAGAAGAGCUGAUUGUGGUGUAACCAUGGGAGAAAUUAAUCCGAUAGGAAAUAAAUAAUAUUUAGCACACCUUAAUCUGUGAUUGUUUUAGUUAUGUACUGAAGAAGUGAUCUUUCUCUACUCAGUUUGGUCACGUGUAUAAUAUUAUUUCACUCUGUAAUCAACCAUAUGCAUCUAUGACCUUUUGGAGUGAAAAAUACUUCCAAGUGAUAUCUAAUAGUUAUGUAACAAAGCCACCCUUGGACAAGGCUGAGAUGUAUUUUAUUGUACUGUUGUUUUCAAUACAGGCUGUAAAACAAUAUCAGUCAUGUUACCUUUGUUCCUGGACUCUACACUAUAACCUUGUCGGUCUAUUAGACACCGUUCCAUUUGUGUUGUCCUUUUCUCCUGAAGAUAUUGAGCCGUCGCUCAAGGAGCGUGGAAACAAUAUUGUUGGGCCAUGGCUAGGAGGAAAACCGUGUGCUGUGGCCUGAGCACCCUCGAGGUCACCCUCAUGGUCCUGUUUGUGGUCAUGACCGCAGUAUCUGUGGGGCUCAUCUCAGUCAUGGCCAUCCACUGGGAAGACCGAUCACAGGAACCAGAGCCUACAGUCAGUCCUACUGCAGGACCACAUGAGAACCCAUACCUCAUAGGGGUGGGUAGAGCAGACUGCACCGGACCCCCUGGGGAUGUCCCCCUGAUGGGCUAUGCGAACUUGGAGCAGACUGCUGCGGGGAUCCACACCCGCCUCUUCAGUAGGGCCUUUAUUGUGGAUGAUGGGAGUAAGAGGGUGGUGUUUGUGACCGCUGACAUCGGCAUGAUCUCUCAGAGGCUACGGCUGGAGGUGCUGAAGGAACUUGAGGUGAAAUAUGGUAACCUGUACAGACAGGACAAUGUGAUUCUGAGUGCCACCCACACACACUCUGGUCUGGGUGGGUACUUCCAAUACACCCUCUUCAUGAUCACUAGUAAAGGUUACAUCAAACCCUCCAUCAAAGCCAUCGUCAAUGGAAUUGUCAAGAGCAUUGAUAUAGCACACAGGAAUAUAAAACCUGGGAGAAUCUACAUGAGCAAAGGAGAGCUUGAGGAGAGCAACCUAAACAGAAGUCCUCACUCCUACCUCAACAACCCUGCAGAGGAGAGGAACAAGUAUAAAUCCAACACAGACAAGCAGGUCACGCUUCUGAAGUUCACAGACCUGGAUGGAGAUGGUAUGGGCAUGCUCAGCUGGUUCGCUGUCCAUGCUGUCAGUAUGAACUACACCAAUCAGAUGGUCAGCAGUGAUAACGUGGGCUAUGCCUCUUACCUACUGGAGCAGGAGAAAAACAUUAACUUCUUGCCUGGAGAGGGGCCGUUUGUGGCAGCCUUUGCCUCCUCUAACCUGGGAGACGCCAGCCCAAACAUCAGAGGGCCAUUCUGUGCCAACACUGGACUCCCCUGUGAUUACCUCAACAGCUCCUGUCCCAUCGGAGGGACAAAAAUGUGUAUUGCGCUGGGUCCAGCAGGAUCUGACAUGUUCAACAACACCAAGAUCAUAGGAGAGAACAUUUACAAAAGGGCAAAGGAUCUGUAUGGUAAGGCCAGUCAGGAGGUGCGUGGGCCCCUCCAUGCAGCCCAUCAGUGGGUGAACAUGACUGAUGUGACCGUCCAACUAAACUCUACACACACAGGCAGAACCUGUAAACCAGCCCUGGGCCACAGCUUCGCCGCAGGGACUACAGACGGAGGAGGUGACCUCAAUUUCACACAAGGGGCUGUUGAGGGUGACCCAUUUUGGGACGGCAUUAGAGAUGCACUGCUUGGAGCUCCCUCCAAUGAGACACAGGACUGCCACCAACCCAAACCUAUUCUCUUCAGCACUGGAGAGAUGACCUGGCCCCUCCCCUGGCACCCAAGCAUUGUGGACGUCCAGAUGAUCACCAUAGGACCUGUGGCCAUUGUGGCUAUCCCUGGAGAAAUGACCACGAUGUCAGGAAGGAGGAUAAGAGAGGCAGUCAAGCAGGAACUGGAGGCCCAGGGAACAUUCAGUAAUGCAGAGGUGGUCAUCGCUGGCCUGUGCAACAUCUACACUCAUUACAUCACCACCUAUGAGGAGUACCAGAUCCAGCGUUAUGAAGGAGGGUCCACCAUCUACGGGCCUCAUACGCUUUCUGCAUACAUCCAGAAGUUUAGAGGCCUGGCCAAGGCCAUUGCAGAGGGUAAAGAGCAGGAGCUGCCCAAGGGUCCUGAGCCCCCUUUCUUCAAGGAGAGUCAGCUGUUCAGCUUGCUUCCUGCUGCGGCUGUAGACAAAAAGCCAGUCAACACCACGUUUGGAGAGGUUUUAGAGCAAGUGGACCCAGAGUACAGGGUUGGGGAUGUUGCUUCUGUUACAUUUGUUGCAGGGAAUCCAAGACACUCAGGAGACAUGAGAGACAAGACCUUUGUCACUGUGGAAAAGUAUCACAACAGCACAGCAAACUGGGACGUCGUUCACACAGAUGCAUCUUGGGAGACAAGGUUUCACUGGGUAAAGAAUGGAGCGGAGAGCAACGCUACCAUUGAGUGGCACAUCCCUCUGUCAGCCCAGGCUGGCUCCUACAGGAUCCGACACUUUGGACACUACAAACAGCGGAAGGGAAUCCUAGAGACUGUGAUCACAGCGUAUGAGGGUGUUUCAGAUGUCUUCAGAGUCUCCAAAAUAACGUAUUAUUACUAACCACUGAUCAUUGAAUACGACUAGACCAGCAGUGGAAAUACGGCAGAUUAUAGUGUACACUUCUAGUGGCCCUGAUAUGAUAUGAUAAUGAGUAUGAAAAAUGUAUGCACUCACUAACUGUAAGUCGCUCUGGAUAAGAGCAUCUGCUAAAUGACUAAAAUGUAAAUGUAAAUAACGAUUGUAUGUUCUCUAUUUCAAUGCAAUACAAUGCAUGUACAGUACUAAAGCACUAAACAAGUCCCAUGCUUCAAAACACAACCAGCUUUUGGGUUGACGUGCAAAAAGCCCAUGUGCCAAAUGGGGACUACACUCAACAGGGUGUGAGGGAAAAUACGUGUGGUUUUGAAUGCCGGGCAGCUUUAGUGCUAUUCUAUAUCUCAUCUCCCAUGGAAGUUAAAAUAAUUUGUUUAUGAUCAGUUUAUUCACAUGUUUUUAGCAUGUAAUUAUGUGCAGUCCUAAUUUUUUAUAUAAUUAAAUUAUUGAAGUAUU